GGGUUACUUAAAAAUACUAGUAUACUAGUACACGUAUACGUAUACUAGUACUAAUAAGUAAAAUACUAGAUCAUGCUAGUUAUACACUCACUAGUGUAAUUCUAGCAUUAUACUAGCAGAACACUCAGCAGUAUUAUCCCGACACCUCCCUAAUUAUAUGCGUAUUAGCGUUAUGCAAGCACAUUCCUAAAUAACAGUGCACUGGCAUCCUUGAAAAGACGGCCCUGAGGGGGUAGCCGCUGAGAGGGGAAGAGGAAAUCUGAUGCCCUUGUUCUACGGUGAAACUUUCGCUGUGUUUAUCCUUGUUGAAGAUACAAAUGCUACCAUUGCCGAGUUGGAUUUCCCGGGUAUGCCCGAGUAAGUAUAUUGAUAUGAAGCUGUGAAACAAAGAGCGUCACUUUUAACCUAUUAUAACCUGUAAAUAAUAAAAGAAAAGCAAAGUCUUUAGAAGUAAAUCAUAAAAACAUGUGACACAACACACAAGUGAGAAGAAAAACGAGACAAAAAUCGUUCAUCCCAGGCGGGCUGGGGCCCAGAGAAGAUGGGAACCGCACAUUGAAGAACACAGUGCCAACUGGUAGGCUACCGUAUUUUGACUAAAGUCAAAUUAGUAGACCGUAAAGUGUUACAACUUCGACUCAGAAACCACCCCCCUCCUCCAGUAAUGCUCCCAAGAAUUCUGACAAGACUUGUACACCCCAGCCUCUGAGCCAAUUUUUAAAUUCCAAUAAAAUGAAGCGUUUCACUACAUACUUCAACCCAGAGGCCAAUCCCCUCCUCCAUUGAUCCUGCCAGGACCAUUAAUAAUACUGGUUUACCCCAGCCUUCACGUCAGUAUAAAAAUUCCAAUGAAGUGAAGGGUUUCGCUACUUCGACUCAAAAACCACCACCUUCCGAGAGGAAUACACUGCUAUGACAACAAAGACAGGUCCUAUACCGAUCAUUAGUCAAAGACAAAAUCAUCCUAAAGUGCAGAUUCCUAAUGCUUCUCAAAGCCCCAUCAAAACGUUUACAACAUCAAACUGUCAUAUACACUAUGCACCUCCUUCAAGCAAUAAUUCUGAUCCGGGGGCGCAGGUUGACAAAACCUCUGUUGGCAAAAUUCUUCAGAAACUUGCACAUUUUCAAGCCGGUUGGGAGAGGCGCUGCAAUGCUCCAAGCUAGUAUGUCACAGCUGUCAAUUGCCAGUAGCAGCAAUGGCAGCAGUGGAGUUCGGCCGAAGGCAAGAGAACUCUGUCAGACUACAAAUAAGUCUCUAAAUCGCGAAAAAGGCAAAAGUGGGCGAACCAUUCCACUUGCAGCGAACUAUUUCCAGCUUGUAUCCACGACCAACUGGUGCUUAUAUCACUAUCAUGUAGAUUUUGGUCCCAUCAACGGGAUUGAAGAAGACAGAAUUUCUGUCAGGAAGCAACUCAUCCGUGAUCGUAUGAGAGAACUUACCAAGGGUGCUGGCUUCCUCUUUGAUGGAUCUAGCAUUUUCUUGAGCACUAAGCUCCACAAUAAUGUGGAAGAGUUUGUGGCAAGACGGCUUGAUGGUGGUGAAUGCAAAAUCACUAUCACAUUCACAAAUGAUCUUGCGCCAGAUGAUCUGGCUUAUCUACAAGUCUUUGGGGUGAUCGUGAGAAAGUGUCUCGCAAAAUUAAAUCUGACUUUGGUUGGCCGAAAUUACUUCGACAAGGCUGCGGGGGUGCCGAUUACUGAAUUUAAUCUCACUCUGUGGCCUGGUUAUUUAACCAGCAUUCGACGGCAUGAACACAACAUUUUAAUGUGCACAGAAAUUAUAUCCAAGGUCAUGCGGAGUGACACUGCGUUGGAUGUAGCUCGAAGCUGCUGGCAACAAAGUCAACACAACUUUCAGGAUGUUUAUAAAGCGGCCAUGCUGGGAAAAACGGUAUUCACCAAUUACAAUGAUAGAUAUUAUCGGGUUGAUGAUGUGGACUAUAAGACUACGCCAAAAUCAACCUUCAAAAUGAAAGAUGGAACCAUUAUAAGUUACUGCGACUAUUUUCAGAAUAAAUGGGGCAUAACAAUCAGAGACCUCAACCAACCCAUGUUGAUUCAUAAGAGUAAAGCGAGGGAGUUGAGAGCUGGAAUGGCUUCAUUCAUAUACCUAAUUCCUGAGCUGUGCUCUAUGACAGGAUUGGAUGAUGGAAUGCGGUCGAAUUUCCGUUUAAUGAAGACUGUGGCACAACACACAGGUCUUUGUCCGCAAGAAAGAGUGAAUAAACUCAUGGCGUUUAACCAUCGCUUGAGGGUACCUGAAAUAGCGCAGGAUUUGACACCAUGGAACAUGGAACUUGCUCCAGAUCUGAUGAGAUUUGAAGGUAGAAUCCAGAAUCCAAUGACAAUCCUGCUAGGCAAAAGAGAUGAGAAAAGCAUUAACUUUAAAGUCGAUUCUCGAGCAGAUUGGACAAGUCAACUCCGCCAGAAUCCUGUUUUUGAUCCUAAACAUCUUACUCAUUGGACUGUGAUAGUUAUCAAAAAAAGUGCACAAAACGCCCGUGAUUUUGUUGCUAAUGUCAGGAGAGCAUCAAGAGGAAUGGGCGUGACCUUUGCAGAGCCUAAUUAUCAGGAAAUUGAAAAAGACAAUAUCGCAGGAUUCUUACAAGGAAUCAAGGAUGCUUUAAAGACAAACUCGUGUGAAAUGUUGCUGAUAUUCCUGCCCACUGAUAGGCUGGAUAGAUAUGCAGCCAUUAAGCAGGUGUGCUGUCUUGAUAAACCAGUUUUGACGCAAUGUGUGUUGGAGUACACAGCUAAAAAACAUGUAAGCAACCUGUCAGUUGCCACAAAAGUGGCAACGCAGAUGAUUUGCAAGAAAGGCGGAGCUCCAUGGGGUGUGCAUAUCCCUGUUAAGGAUAUGAUGGUCGUAGGGUACGAUGUAUAUCAUGAGCGGGGACAAAAAUCGCAAGGAGCACUAGUUGCCACCUUGAAUGACUCUUACUCCAAAUAUUUCAGCACAGUCUCAACCCACGAGGAAGGCCGCGAGUUGAGCCAUGAUCUCAGCUUUCGCUUGAACUUGGCGCUCGAGGCCUAUCUAAAGGAACGCAAGAAGAUUCCAAAAAUCUUGUUGAUCUACAGAGACGGCGUUGGCGAAGGUCAAAUUCCCGAAGUUGAAAAUAAAGAAGUAGGGGAUGUGAGGAAACUCCUGCAGAGAUGGUCUAAAAGAAUGGAAGUCGAACCGCCAAAAUUGACAUUCGUUGUAGUCGCAAAAAGAAUUAACACCAGAAUCUUUCUACCAACCAAUCGCGGCCAUGAAAACCCACCCCCUGGAACGACGGUGGAUGAUGUUAUUACCCUCCCCCAAAAGUUUGACUUUUUUAUAGUAAGUCAGUCUGUAAGAUUUGGAACCGUUACUCCAACAUACUACCAUGUGAUACAUGAUGAUGGGAACUAUUCUAUGGAUCAAAUACAAAGAAUCACAUAUGCCUUCACCCAUCUUUACUACAACUGGAGUGGUACAAUCCGGGUGCCUGCGCCUUGCCAGUAUGCCCAUAAAUUGGCCUACUUGGUGGGCACAGCUCUGCGGCGAGAGCCCGACCCUGAUUUUGCUCUUCAAGGCCAUCUCUGGUUCUUGUGAGAAGAGACUCUUUGGUUUUUUGUGGCAACUCUACUAGAAUCUUGCUUUACUUCCGGUCAACAUUUUCAAGGCUCUUGGGGACAGGCUUGGAGCCACCCUCAACUUUUUUUUCCCAAAUGGCAAUUUCUAUUACUGUAAUGAACAAGGUACACUCUACUACAGGUAUGGACAAACGGGGUGCCGAAGUGGCAGCGCUGAGAUUAUAGGCCAUUGAGUGACGUCGUAAGUUGUAGUCGUCUUUGCUGCGCAGUUCAAAAUGAGGUUCUGGUAGAUCCGUUAGCUUCAGAUGAAUUUAAAAAAUUGAUGGAACUCAAAAUAACGAAAACCUCAACUAAGAACACGAAAAAACAACACGAAAUUGACGAGACCCACUCUUAAAACAGAAAGUAAAUAAGUUUUCAAUAUGGCGUUGCAGUCGUACCAUUGAACGCUGCCAAAUCUACGCGUUUCGACGACUUUCUAAAAUUCCAUUUGUCCAUACCUGUAGUAGAGUGUACCUUGGUAACGAGAAAUCUGCAAACUAAAUCAAUACUCUUUCUAUUUUAAUUGAAUCAACAAUGUUUUAGUCUUCUAAGGAAAAAUUCAACAUUUAUUCAUGUUGUAGGUAAGAAAACUCUAUUUUCUAGGCCUGGUACAUUAAUCAGUACUUUUUAAAGGACUGAAGCCAAAUUUUUUAAAAUCAUUUUUUUUUUGCAUUUUUGACGCAUUUAUGCUCCUGUGCAUCUGCUCCAAAAAUUAGACUACCACUGCUUUCUUAUGUAGGUAAUGUUGUAAAGACAACCGGAGAGUUAAAAAAUACAAAAAAAAAAACGAUUUUGAAAAAUGGACUUCUGCGCUUUUUAAUAGUACUAAUUCCACAGGGUUGUGAUAAAUGUCUUGUUGCCGCACUAAUAUAAAGGACUGAUCACCAUCCAAGGUAAACUGAGUGGAGUGAUGCCGGAACUACACAACUCGAGAAGUUUUAUUUUUAAAAUAUAUAUUUUUAUUUUAACAAAGAGAAUAAAAUUUGAUAAAUAUAUGCAAUAUCUGUAAACAUACACGUGACACUAUAAAACCCUGUAGGCUAGUAAAAACAAGACCUAGGCAAAAGUACGUUUCAUCAUUAGCCGAGAAGAAUACAUGACUUAGUGUCAAUCUUCGCAAUGUGGAAAUUAUACACUCCUUCUAAAGUAACAUAUGAGGACCUUUCUAUCCAAACAGAAUAUACCCAUGUUUACAUACCUAAGAUUGUACUCUUAUGAAUUUUUUAGCUGGUGAAGAGCUAAACGCUCUGUUCUGCAAUUCCCAUUAAAGUUUCUUCCUAAUAAAUAUUUCGGCAGGGAAAUGUACCUAUACAAUAAUGUUUUUCAUCAAAGAAUGAGUUGUUGGAUACCGCCAUGCUAAGGAAAAACGCCAUUUAAGCCUUCAGGUGUUGCCAAAUUUCCUUUGAUACGAUACAAAUUAAGAGGGGAAACCUGCGUUUAUAUGUCUUUCAAUUUUUCAAUCAGUUUCGUUUGCAAUUUAAUCUACUGUGUCUGAAAAUUUCAAAGAAAAAGAAAAUUAUUCCUCAAUUUCUUAAAAAAAUAUGUUUCAAAGAGGGAAAUUUGGGAACAUCCAGAUGUUCAUACGGUGUUUUUCCUCGUCACUGCAGAACAGCACUGUAUUGUACUAUGAAAUAUGUGAAGCUACUUUAUUUCAAUGAACGUUAAAAUGUAUUUUGUUUGAUACAACUUAAUUUUACACUUAGAGGAUAUGCAGUAUGUAACUAAGUAAGUUACUGGAAAGCUUUCUAUUUAUCCCUUGGAAGCAACUACAGUAAUUGUACUCAAUAUUUUGUAAGACGAAUCAAUAAGAAAUAUAUUUUUAAAUCUCUUUAA